GCUGCAGCUACCAGGAUGCAUGAGCAGGAUGUAUGCAUGUUGACACGUAACUGUUGUCUCAGCAUUCUUGUUUUAGCUCACCAAACAUUCUUGACAGGAUUUCCUUCAAGCCUUCAGACUGUGGAGGAACUUAUCCAGGUUGUCACUACAGUGGUCUUCACGUCAUCAGCUUCGCAUUCUGCAGGGAACCGUGGACAGUAUCCACAGGUAACCAUGGCUGAGUACAAGUUAGAGAUGACAACGGGUGACAUGCAAUAUGCAGGAACAUCGGACUACAUGUAUGUCACCUUAUUUGGAACUGAGGAGCAGAGUGAGCGAACUUUGAUGGACAACUAUGGCAUCGACUUUCAAAGAGGGGCAACAGGGAGCUACACCGUGAAAACCAGUUUUUCUCUGGGCAAACUUUUUCUGGUUAAGGUUGAGAAGGACCAGUAUUUAUGUCUCCCAGAAGAUGAGUGGUACUUCUCCAAAAUGGUGGUGACGACUCCAGAAGGAGAUGUCAUUCUUUACCCCUGUUACAGAUGGAUUGGCAGGGGAGAAAUGGUGGAGCUGAGAGGAGGGAGAGCAAUGAAAGCUUUUGAGGAGGAUCACCCCCUGUUGAUUGACCACCGGAAGAAAGAGCUGAUGCUCAAAAAGAGCUUGUUCCAAUGGAAGAGUAUGGGUGAAGGACUACCCCACAUCAACAGUUUCAAUGACGUGUCUGAGUUCCCAGCUGAAAUCCGCUUCUCCGAUUCCAGAACAGCUGACAUCCGUUACUCAAAAGCUAUGAC